AUGUCGUUGAAACAGAAAAAAUCCGCAGCUACUGAAGAAACCGAGGAGGUUGAUGACGAAGUGGAGGAAAGUGAGCCAAAUAUAAAAGAGAGGAGCAAUGGUUCAACUCAUGGGGACACCACAAAAAAAGAGAGGAGUCGUAAGAAACACAAGAGCGCAGAGCACUCUGAGAAGCCCACAGAGAAAGAGAAUAACGGAAAAGAAGGGGAUAAGGUGAAAGAGAAAAAGAGAAAAAAGAAACCAGAUGAUAAUGCUGAAGCUGGUGCUGUGAUUGCAAGCAAUGACUGUGAAGGUGAGCAGAACAAUAAUGAACCCACAAACAAACCCAAAAAAGAGAAAUCUGAGAAGCUCAAAGAGGAUGUGACACAGAGAGUCAAGCAGGAAAAGUCCAAACAAAAGAAGAAGAAAUCAUCGAACCCAGAGGGAGCGGAGGAGAUGGGGUCUAAAGAUAAAAAGUCUAAAGAUGGCAAGAAGAAAAAAAAAGCUCACAGUGAUGAUGAUGAGGAGCCUUUAAUUGAGGAGCAGGAAGAAGAGGAUUCAAAGAAAAAGAAAAAGAAGAAGGCAAAGAAGGGAUCUGCAGACAGUGAUGAAGAUAAAAAGAAAAAGAAAAAGUCCAAAAUUAAACAGAUCGACUAUGCUGCAAUUUACCAGAAUGAGCUAUUUAACUACCACACAGAUUCCUCUGAUGGAUACGAAGAUGAGUACUUCAAAAAGAAAGUAUAUGAAGUAGUUACAGUCACAGGGGAUGUGAAAGGAGCUGGGACAGACGCCAAUGUGUUUGUUACUCUUUUUGGAGAUUUUGGUGUCUCGCCGAAGGUUCACCUGGCAAGCAAAAGCCGGACUGCAUUUGAGAAAAACAAGACUGAUGUUUUCCGCAUCAAAACAUACAAUGUGGGGCCUCUAAAUAAACUGAGGAUUGAGCAUGACAACACUGGGAUGAGUGCCAGCUGGUUCUUGGACAGGGUGGUGGUGACCGACAUGAACCGGCCCCAUCUGCGCUUCUAUUUUGCCUGCAACAACUGGCUGAGUCGGGAGGAGGGGGACAACCUGUUUGUCAGGGACUUGCUGGGCAGCAUGAACCCCAUGGAUGUCCCAAAAUUGAAUAAAUAUCUUGUGAGUGUGUUCACUGCUGAUAUGAAGGGAAGUGGUACUGAUGCUGAUGUCUUUCUGAAUAUCUUUGGAGAAAAUGGUGACACAGGAGAGAGAAGACUGGACAGUGACAAAGACAACUUUGAACGUGGAUCAGAGGACAAGUUUACAAUAGAGGCUCCUAACCUGGGGAGGCUGAGAAAAAUCACUAUUGGCCACAAUAACAGAGGCUCAUCAGCUGGGUGGUUUCUAGAUAAGGUGGUGAUUGAUGACAUGGGAAAUAAAGAAAUAUAUGAGUUUCCAGUCAAUCGCUGGAUGGCCAUGGAUGAGGACGAUGGCAAAAUACAAAGAGAUGUGUUGGUUGGAUCUAUGCAGCCAAUGGGCAUUGUAUACAAUGUGCAAGUGAUGACUGGAGAUAUAAGAGGUGCGGGGACCAACUCUAAGAUCCACAUGGUCAUGCAUGGCUCCAAGGGCCUAAAAAACAGUGGCAAAGUUUUUCUUGAAGGCGGUGCUUUUGAACGUGGUCUCAUAGACAUUUUCAAUGUGGAGAUUUGUGAACUUAUCAGCCCUCUCAGCAGGGUCACCAUUGGGCAUGACAAUGGUGCUGUAGGUGCUGGGUGGUACUGUGAAAAGGUGGUAAUAUACUGUCCAUUCACGGGCAUUGAGCAGACAUUUCCAUGUGGGAUGUGGCUGGAUGAGGACGAGGGGGAUGGACUGAUUGAAAGGGAGCUGUAUGAGAUGGUUUCUCUAAGGCAGAAAAAACAGAAAAAGUACCCAUGGUCCCUGUGGAUUUGGACCUCAGAUAUAAAGGGGGCAGGCACAGAUGCCCAGGUAUUUUUGCAAAUCUAUGGAGAGAUGGGAAAGUCUGAUGAGAUCAAACUGGAAAACAACUCAGACAGUUUUGAACAGGGGCAAAUUGAUAAGUUUGUGAUUGAAAUGCCAGACAUAGGAAAGCUGCAGAAAGUACGGAUCUGGCACGAGAAGAGACAUCCAUUUGCUGGCUGGCAUUUAGCAAAGGUAACUCUGCUCAAGACGCUAACCAUGGACAAAUAUUCUUUUGAAUGUGGACGCUGGCUGGACAUCAAUGAAGAUGACAAUGAGAUUAUAAGAGAACUUCCAGCUACAGGAAAACUCAUUGAUGAGCCACUUCCCUUGAUAAAGUAUCGUGUAACAAUCUGUACUGGCAAUGUCAGUGGCAGUGGCACCGAUGCCAGCGUCUUCCUCAAUAUAAUCGGUGACCUGGGUGACACAGGGGAGCGUCUCAUGUUUAUGAGCAAAAAUAAUGUAAACAAGUUUGAAAAGGGAAAUCAUGAUGAGUUUCUCAUUGAAUCGGUCACAGUGGGUCAGGUGCGCAGAGUGCGAGUAGGUCAUGAUGGCCGGGGUGGAGGCUGUGGUUGGUUUCUUGAUAAGGUGAUGGUCCGGGAGGAGGGCCAACCAGAGUCUUUGGCCAUUGAAUUUCCCUGUUUUAGGUGGUUGGACCGUAACGAAGAUGAUGGACAAAUUGUCCGUGAGUUAGUUCCAGCUGGAGAUGGCGUGCGUCUGUUUAAUGUCAACUACCACAUAGCGAUCAAGACAGGUAGUGUAAAUGGGGCCAGCUCAGACUCCAAAGUGUUUGUCAAGCUGUAUGGGGAGAAGGGUGAUACUGACAAGGUGAUACUGGCUGUCUCUGACAAUGACCUCAGGAACUACUUUGAGACAGGACGCACUGACAUCUUCAUCCUUGAAACUUUUGACAUCGGACUGAUCAACCGUCUACUCAUUGGUCACACAAAUGAGGGCUUGCGGGCUGGAUGGUUUCUGGACAGCGUGCAGAUCUCUGUUCAUGUUCAUGGGAAGCAGUACAUGUUCCCCAGCCAUCGCUGGCUCUGCAAAGAUGAAGCUGAUGGAAAAGUGGAGGUGGAAAUAUAUCCCAGUGAAACGUUGGACAUUGAAAAAUUAAUCAACUAUGAAGUAACAGUGGUCACAGGGGAUCUGCGUGCAGCAGGAACCAAUGCUAAUGUCUUCUGUCAGAUUUAUGGAGAGGAAGGAAAGACUGAAGUUCUCAACUUGAAAAGCCGCUCCAACAAUUAUGAACGUGGCACCACUGAAAUAUUCAAGAUUGAAGCUUUGGAUGUCGGCAAAAUCUAUAAGAUCCGUAUCUACCACGAUGGGAAGGGUAUUGGAGACGGCUGGUUUUUGGAGACAGUGGACGUCAAGAGACUGACGAUGGCUAUGGUGCAGGUUGAGGUGAAAAAAGAGGAGCCAUCCAAAAAAGACAAGAAGAAAGAUAAGAAAAAGAAGAAGAAGGAAGAAGAGGAGGAGGUGGAGAUAAUCGAGGAGCUGCAGGAAGUAGUGGAGACAUUUACUUUCCCUUGUAACCGCUGGCUGGCCAGAGACGAGGAGGAUGGGGAGAUUGUGGUGGAGUUGCUCACUGAGGACAAUGAAGAAUUAGAAAUGAACUCAUAUGAAGUCCAUGUGUUCACUGGAACUAUGUGGGGGGCAGGGACUGAUGCCAAUGUCUUCAUCGAUAUCUAUGGAGAGAUUGGUGACACAGGUGAACGACAUCUCAGGAAAUCUAACAACCUAAACAAAUUUGAGAAAGGCCAGGAUGAUAUUUUCAACAUCACAGCGGUUGAUUUGGGGGUCUUGAAGAAGCUGCGGAUCCGGCAUGACAACACCCAGGCUAGUGCUGGCUGGUUUUUGGAUAGAGUGGAGAUUAUAGACAACAAAGAUGACACAACGUACUUUUUUCCAUGUAAACGCUGGCUGGCUGUUGAUGAAGAUGAUGGACAGCUUGCUAGGGAGCUGGUCCCUGUAGAUGAAGCUUUCAUGAAGAUGGGGGAUGAUGAUGAAGAAGACUCUGAAGCUACACUUGGUUUGGAACAGAAGGCUAUGUCAACAACAUACACAGUGAAGAUAAAAACUGGUGAUAAGAAGUAUGCAGGAACAGAUGCUAAUGUCUUUAUGAUCCUGUAUGGCACUAAGGAUGAUACAGGGCUUAUUAACCUGAAGGCUUCAAAGACUCAUAAGAACAAGUUUGAGCGGGGUAUGAUUGAUGAGUUUACCGUGGAAGCUGUAGACAUCGGACCCCUUAAAAAACUACGCAUUGGACAAGACAACUGCGGAGGAGGAUCAGCAGGCUGGUUCCUUGAUUGGGUGGAGAUUGAUGCCCAAUCUCUGGGAAAGAAGCUGCGCUUCCCCUGCGGCCGUUGGUUGGACAAAGGCGAGGAUGAUGGAGCCAUCAUCAGGGAUCUGUUCCCUAAUCCUCUUCAGACAGAGCUUUACACACCAUUUGUUCCCUAUGAGAUUAAAACCUUUACGAGUGAUGUAUUUGGAGCUGGAACAGAUGCUGAUGUCUUCAUUGUCCUGUAUGGAAGAAAUGCAGUGUGCACCCAACAGAAGUCUCUGUGUGUCAAUAAAAGAGAAAGGAGAAUGUACUUUGAGAGAGGAGCUGAGGAUAUGUUUAUUGUUGAGCUAGAGGAUGUGGGGGAUGUAAUUGAGAAAACCCGUAUUGGUCAUGACAACCGUGGUGUCAACCCAGGCUGGCACCUGGACAGAGUGGAGAUCAGACGUCUGCUCAGAAAGGGAAAGGGUUCAGAAACUGUCAUCUUCCCUUGUGAGUGCUGGCUUGCCAAAUCAGAGGAUGAUGGAGAGACAAUAAGAGAGCUGGUGCCCUCCGACAUCAUCACAGAGAAACUUUCAAGAGAUGGCAGUCUUAAAGUGACUGAGGUUGAGGUGGAAGAUGCCCUGGAGACUCACACAUACAACGUGUCGGUGAUGACAGGGGAUGUUUAUGGAGCCGGCACUGACGCCAACGUCUUCCUCACAAUUUAUGGGGAUCUGGGGGACACUGGAGAGAGAAAGCUGAGCAAGUCAGAGACAAAUAGCAACAAGUUUGAACGAGGAUCUGUGGAUAAGUUUACAAUAGAGGCAGUUGACCUUGGCCAGGUUUACAAGAUUAAAAUCCGCCAUGAUAAUAGCAUGGUGAGUCCUGACUGGUAUUUGGACCAGGUGGAGGUUUUUGACGCUGAUACAGAGGAGGUCUUCCUCUUUUUAUGUGAACGCUGGCUCUCCAGGAAGAGGGAGGACAGACGCAUUGAAAGAGUAUUCUAUGUCAAGGGUUAUGAAGGAGUUAGAGAGAGUCUGUAUAGUAAAAAGAACUCAGCACUGACAGUGAAGAGCGUUGACAGUAACAUGAAUAAGAAGAACAAGAAGAAGAAAGAGGAAGAAAUGGAACUACCAAUCAUACCAUACCACAUCACCAUCUGCACUGGAAUGGAGCGCGAUGCAGGCACCACCAGCAGGGCUUAUGUGAUCAUUAUCGGGGUCAAUCAAAUCCAGACGGAAAGGCUGUGGCUGGACAUGCCGGAUGGGAGGACGGGCUUUGAGGCUGACUCUCUUGAGAGCUUUGAGUGCCAAGGUUCAGAUGUGGGGGAGAUCAAAAAGGUGGAGCUCGGCCAUGAUGGGGCCACUCCGGAGAGCUGCUGGCUUGUUGAUGAGCUGGCUGUUGCUGUGCCAACCAAAGGGGUCAAAUAUAUCUUUGCUUGCAAGUGCUGGCUGGCCAAAGAUCGAGGAGAUGGACUGACUGCUAGAGUAUUCAACGUGCUAGAUGCUGAGGCCAUUUCUAUCUCCCGGAAGACUAUCUAUGAGGUGACGGUGGUUACAGGAGAUGUGCAGAAUGCAGGAACAGACACCCAAAUCUUCAUGUCUGUGUUUGGGGCCAACGGCAGCACAGAAGAGAUGCUGCUGCAGAAGAAUGAGGACAGGUUUGAGCGUGGUCAGGAAGACACUUUCAACAUGGAGAUCGAUGACAUUGCCCCACUGAGGAAAAUGAGGCUUCGCAUUGAUGGUUCUGGCAGCCGACCUGACUGGUUUCUUGACAAGGUGAUCAUGCGUAACCUGACUACAGAGGAGGUAUCUGUCUUUACUUAUGAGGAGUGGCUGUCCAAGACACGCGGACCCAAGAGGACCAUGAUCUGUGAGAUGGCUGCUGUGGUGGAUGAGGAGGUAAUGGUGGAGCUCACCACCUACAUCAUCCAGGUUAGGACCAGCGAUGUUGCAGGGGCAGGAACUGAUGCUAAUGUGUGGAUCAUCAUUUUUGGAGAGAAUGGAGACUCUGGGACCCUUGCACUGAAGGAGUGCAACAAGUCCAACAAGUUUGAGCGCAAGCAGGUGGACACUUUUCGCUUCUCUGAUAUCCUCAGCCUGGGAGACCUCUCCAAAGUGCGAGUCUGGCACGACAACACUGGUCCUGCUCCAGGUUGGCACGUGGAGUACAUUGAUGUGAAGGAUGAAAUCAUGGACAAAACAUUUCGUUUUCCUUGUGACCGAUGGCUCGCAAAGAAUGAUGAUGAUGGACAGAUAAUGAGGGAGCUACCUUGUGCUAACAAUGACUACUUAGACCUCAGCGAGAAAACCAAAUAUGAAAUUUGCACCACAACUGCAGACUCAGCUGAAGCUGAAACCAGAGAGAAUGCUUGGAUUGUACUUGAGGGGAAGAAGGCCAGAUCAAAAGAAUUUGUAAUGGAGAACUCCUCAAAGAAGAAGAGGUUCAUGCGGGGAAAUGUUGACAGGUUUGAGUUUUCAUCCAAGAACCUGGGAGAUAUUGCUGGGAUUUGUCUGGGUCACACACCCAAGGAUGGGAAGAAAGUAAAAGGGGAGGCUUACUGGCACGUGGAGGAGGUUGUUGUGACUGAAAAAGAACUCGGAAACAAAUAUAUCUUUAGCUGCAACGCACUCAUCCCACUAUCUCCAAAGAGGGAUGAUUUCCUGACUUUUGAGUGCACAAAGACCGUUGAGAGCUUUGCCAGCAAAGCUCGCAGCCUGGUGCCUGUCAAGUACGAGAUCAUCGUCAUCACAGGGGAUGAGAAGGGAGCAGGAACAGAUGCCAAUGUUUUCAUCACCAUCUAUGGCUCCAAUGGAGAUUCAGGCCGUCGGCAACUGCGGCAGAAGUUUCGCAACCUCUUUGAACGGGAGCAGACAGAUCGCUUUCUGCUGGAAAUGCUGGACAUGGGAGAGCUGCAAAAAGUUCAAGUGGAGCAUGACAACUCUGGCCUCAAUCCUGGCUGGUUGCUCGAUCGGGUGGAAGUCACCAAUCUAGCCAAUGGUGUCAGCACCAUCUUUCUCUGUGGGAAGUGGCUGGACACUAAGAGGGCAGAUAAACAGAUUGCCAGGGUCAUCUACCCAAAAUACUGACCAUGAAACUACUUCUGAAAAGUCCAACACCAGAAAAAACUGCAUAUUUAGAAAUAAUGACCAAAGUCAUUCUGCCCCAGGCAAGUUUUAUAUCUCAGGCACUGAAGCAUAUUUUUAGAUUUUAAGAUUUUAAAAUCCUUUUAGGAUUAUAGCGACAAUGUCAUCUUCAGUCAGGAUGGAGUAAAGUGCCAUUGCUUUUAUAUUCCAGAUGUCAGUGAUGGUUUGGCCAG